CAAAUUCAUCCUCAUCGGUGACUCCUCUGUGGGCAAGUCAUCACUCCUUCUCCGGUGAGUAACCUUGUUUCAGAAUGUCUGAGUGAUGCCAUACUUGGGUCAGUAAAUACCUGACAGCUCUGCUGACUUCUCACUAUGCGGUUGCACCUCGUCCCGCAAUACAAAAGAGCGACCGAUGACCGCUUUCUAGCUGAAGAGGCCGAGCCUACCGUUGGAGUCGAGUUUGGGUCUGUGACGCUGCCUCUUACUCCGCCACAGGAUGCUUCAUCGAGCACUGGUGGCGAUGCUGCUACAUCUACUGCCUCAACAUCAACGUCCUCCUCUUCCGCUGCUCGCUCGCCAAAUGUAAAGAUCCAGAUCUGGGACACAUCAGGCUCGGAAGCCUUUCGCGGUAUCACAAGGUCCUAUUACCGAGGCGCUGCGGGUUGUCUCCUCGUCUACGACGUCACACAUCGUCCCUCCUUCACCAAUGCCAAGAGCUGGCUGAAGGAUGUGCGGGAGCACGCAGAAGAGGACGCAGUUGUGGUGCUGGUAGGCAAUCGCAUUGAUUUGGCCGAGGAUGACGGGGAGCGCAGGAGGGUGAACGCGGAAGAGGCGAAGGAGUGGGCAGAGUCAGAAGGGUGAGCACAGCACAGAGCGCUAGACAAUGGUACCUGCGACGAAGCUCUGCUGACCUCACUGAUGGAAUGCCGUCUCACCCUUGCAGCAUCCUCUUCGUGGAGACGUCGGCGAAGACGGGCCAUAAUGUCCGUCACGCCUUCGAGGCUUGUGUCAGGGAAAUCCACAAGCGCUUUGUGGCCUCCCAAAGCUCUACUUCUGCC